AUGGGCAAGAUGUUGAUGCAGAAGUUGUGGUUACUUCCGUGCGACUGUGACGGUCCAGUGUCGGAUUACGUCGCGUUAUCCUGGGAGGAGCUCGCUGCUCAGAUUCCGAAGGUCACAACCUUCCGCGUCAGUCGGUACGCACUGCUACCGAACGCUAGUAUCCAGCUGCACACUUUCUCCGAUGCCUCAGAGAAAGCGUACGGAGCUUGUACGUAUGCCAGAUGCGUAGAUUCAUCCGGAAUCGUCCGAAUUCAGCUACUCGCUUCGGCAUACCGAGUCGCACCCCUUCACAAAAUCACGCUCACACGCUUGGAGCUUUGUGCGGCUGAUAUCGGAGCAAAACGCCAUUCACGUAUCGUACAGGCCCUCGAAAUGCCCAUUGCCAGUUCCCAUUUAUGGUCCGACUUUGCCGUCACGCUUCAAUGGCUACAAGCGCCCCCUAGAACCUGGAAAACAAUUGUGGCAAACCGGGUGUCAGAAAUCCAGGGACUUACGCACGGCGCUUUCUAG